ACUAAAACGUACAGCAACGUUGAGAUAGUUAGAAGUAUGGCGGCGUGUUUGAGGAAGGCUGCUCAUGCAAUUGAUGUUAGAACGAGAACCGAUGAUGUUCUCUCGCCCGGUGGAGUGGACUUCAGCUCCUUACUGCUUUCUAAACCGGUUCUGGAGGGUUUGGCAGCUUCUGGCUUUCAGAGACCUUCACCAAUCCAGCUGAAGGCGAUUCCACUGGGGCGGUGUGGACUGGAUCUGAUCGUUCAGGCUAAAUCUGGAACAGGAAAGACCUGUGUGUUCUCCACCAUUGCGCUGGACUCACUGGUGCUGGAAAAUGCUGCCACCCAGGUCCUGGUUUUGGCUCCGACUAGAGAGAUUGCUGUGCAGAUCCAUGCAGUGGUGAUGGCGAUAGGCAGUUCUAUGGAGGGGUUGGAGUGUCAUGUUUUUAUUGGUGGCCGACCUGUAAGUCAGGACAAACUCCACCUGAAGAAAUGUCACAUUGCUAUUGGAUCACCAGGUCGGAUAAAGCAGCUGAUCGAGAUAGGACUUUUGCUGACAGCUAGUAUCCGUCUGUUUGUUCUGGACGAGGCGGAUAAACUGCUGGAGGAGGGCAGCUUCCAGGAGCAGAUCAAUUGGAUCUUCUCCUCUUUGCCAGCGAAUAAACAGAUGCUGGCACUCUCAGCGACUUACCCAGAAUCCUUAGCGCAGCAUCUGUGCAGGUACAUGAGGGAGCCUACGUUUGUGCGGCUGAACCCCACUGAUCCCGGACUUCUCGGUCUGAAGCAGUUCUAUAAGCUUGUACAUUCUCAUGCCCUGCCACAUAAGAUCUUUGAGGAAAAAGUGCAGAACCUGUUAGAGCUGUUCAGUAAAGUUCCCUUUAAUCAGGCACUGGUCUUCUCAAAUUUGCACACAAGGGCACAACACUUGGCUGACGUGCUCUUCUCCAAAGGCUUGCCUGCAGUUUGCAUCUCAGGCAGUUUGAGCCAGGAACAGAGACUGGAGGCAAUGUCCAAGCUAAAGCAGUACCAAUGUCGAGUUCUUAUUUCCACUGAUCUGACAUCGCGUGGUAUAGAUGCAGAGAAAGUGAAUUUGGUGAUUAAUCUGGAUGUGCCUCACGAUUGGGAGACGUACAUGCACAGGAUUGGCCGUGCCGGACGCUUUGGAACUCUGGGGGUUGCUGUAACGUACUGUUGUCAUGGAGAAGAAGAAAACAAAAUGAUGGCAAUUGCCCAGAAGUGCAGUCUGGCUCUUAGUCCAUUACCAGAUCCAAUCCCAGCCGAGCUAAUGGAAGAGACGUGUGACUGGAAUGUGAAUGUAGAGUCGCCUUCAAAAAAUGAUCUUGAGCGCUUCCUUGGAUCCAGAGUAGUAAAGAAACAGCCCAAAUCUGAGCAGACAGUUUCCAAAUCCUCUAAAGAGCCUAAACACACACUCCCUACUAAAGAGCAGGCUGAGCAUUGCAGUCCUGCUAGAACUCAAAAAUCCAAUAGUGACAAAAACAAAGGCAAAAAUUCUAUCAUUGCCCCUGACCACCUACCCAGUGCUGAAAAUCUAGAUCCUCCUGCAGCACUAACAAGGAAGGAAAUGCAGGAGGCACUUCCAAAAAUUCCUCCCCUGCCCUCUUUUAAACCUACAGCAGUGAAACUUGUGUCCUUCUCUGAGGCCAUGGCUGACUUUGAGAACUUUAUGACAGCUGGUCCUGGACUAUCAGUCGAGAUCAUCCGACAGUAUGGAACUCAUGAUGAAGUAAGCAUAAUGGACAAUGAACAGCAUCAGAACAAUGCUGACCAUAGUCCUGGGACUGAUGGUGCUUGUAUUAAAUCCUAUGGUAAACAUGAGGAGCAAAUAUUAACUGAUGAAAUUGCUCAAUCUCAGCGGUCAGUGGAUUCAAGCUCUUAUCCAAUGACUUCUAGGUGCAUGUCUGGCAGCUCUUCCUCUUUUGACAGUGAGUCUGAGAUGGAUACAGAGCAGAAAAUGGAUGCUUCAGCAUCUAGCUCUCUGUCGAGUGCCCCACACCUGAAUUGUAGACCGAUACACAUCACAAAAUCAUCUAGACACACAGCCAAUACAACAAAGCAGCUCAACAAACUCAAACCAAGGCCUUCAAAACCUCAAAUCAAGACUCAUUAUACCAACAGUCACACUCAGGCUCCUCAGCACUGCAAGUCAAGAUCAGUGUCUGAAGAAAAGAGGACUGAACCAAUUGCCAAGGGUAAGAAAGGGACCUGGAGGACACAGAGGAGGACACAGAACGAUGAGGAGGAAGACGAUGAGGAAGAGGACAAUGAAUCCUCUCAAGAAGAUGGGAAUGGAUAUGAACAGGACUAUUGGAGAGCAUGUUAUCAAGCCUGGGAAGAAUAUUACAGCAGUUCUGCUCAUUACUACCACUCGCAUUAUAACUGGCUGGCUGCAUAUCGCAUGAACGCUGUAUACAUGAUGGAGAUGAUGAAACACUGAAGAACAAUAGAAAUGUCACUUCUGGGGCGAGGCAAGAAUCCUGUGGUCAGAUGUACAGCACACAUAGGAGGUCUGAAUCGGAGGUGAUGCACUAGUGCCUAAAAAGCCAGUGUUAAGACACUGUUGAAAAGCCAUUAAGAGAAAAAGGCAAUUACGGCCCGGUUUAUUGUAUCAUAGAUCGAUUAAUCCUCAUUUCACAGAAUAUUUAUAGCAUUUGGUAAUAAAGGUCUCCUGAUUGAA